AUGCCCUCCAGCUCCCCCGUCCGAAUUACCGAGUACGUGUGGCCGCGCACCACCGUCGAGUGGCUCGGCGGCGGCGGCACCCUCGCGCUGUACGCCGUGGGCAUCGCCUCGCGGUGGGUGACUCCCGGCAGCGCGCUCUGGGACCUGGUCGCGCGGUACUUUCCCGGCGGGCCGGACGCCUUUCUGUGGAUCGCGCGCAACGUCGUGUUUUGGCUCGCGGCAGCCCACGCGGUCGAGGUGCUGCUGUUUGACCAGCUACGCCUGCGCAAGCACGGCGUGCCGCGCUGGUCGGCGCUCUGGUGGAAGUGGCAGCUCAGCGUCUUCAUCGAGGGUGUUGGCGCGUGGGGCAGGAUCGGCAAGGUGAUUGCGGAGAAGCAGGGGCUGCUCAAGUCUAAAUAA